AUGGCCGCCGCCGGAGACGCCGCCCACGCCGCGCCGCCGCCGGCCGCGGAGGCGCAGUCGCUGGUGGACUCCUUCUGCGCCGUCACCUCCGCGACCCCCGCCGAGGCCGCCUUCUUCCUCGAGGGCCACAACUGGGCCCUCGAGUCCGCCGUCCGCUCCUUCUACGACUCCUCCGAGGCCGACGCCGACGCCGAUGGGCCCGAUCCGGCGCCCCUGCCCUCGCCCCCGGCCGCCAACGACGCCGCCGACUCCGAGGACGAGGACUACGUCCACGGCGGCGAGGACAAGGACGAGGACGACGAGGACUACGUGGCCGGCGGCGAGGAGGACGAGGACGACGCCCUCGCCGCUGCGGCGGAUGAGAGGAGGAGGCCCGCGAAGAGGCGGAAGAGCAGCCACGGAGCGCCCGGAGGGAACGGGACCGCGAGUGGGACGCGGAACGUGAGGACGCUCUCCGAUCUCGGCGGCGGUGGCAAGGGCGCCGCGGAGUCGGACGGGGACGAGGACGAGGAUGACGACGAGUGGGCGCCGCCGCCCGAGCUCUACACCGGCGGCGAGAAGAGUGGAAUGGUUGUUAGGGACCGCUCGAAACGCAAAAAUGUUGGGGAAGAGAUUUUUAAACAAGCUCAGAAGAAGGGAGCUAAGCUAGUGCCAGCCCCAGCUCGCCGGCAAUCUUCUAGCUCAAGGAGCUUCCCUGGGACUAGCAGACUUCUAACAGGUGAAGCUUUACAGCCUGACGCACCGCAGCCACCAGAAGAAAUUGUUCACAACAUCUACUUCUGGAGCAAUGGGUUCACAGUAGAUGAUGGUCCACUCAGAAGUUUUGAUGACCCAGAGCAUGCGUCCUUUUUAAAGAGCAUCAAGAAUAAUGAAUGCCCAACUGAGCUUCUUGCUGAUGGGAGGUCAAGGGUGCAAGUAAAUAUUGUCCGCAAGGAAGAAAAGUGUCCUGAGCCAGUGAAGCGUGCUGCUCCAUUUCAAGGAGGGGGCAGAUCUCUGGCAACACCUUCUGAAAACUCUGCUCCUUCGGCUGUUACUUCUUCAGCUGCUACUUCUAGUGCAGCGACUGCCACCACUACGACCAAGACAGUCACAGUGGAUGAUUCUUUGCCAUCAACCUCUCUACAGAUCAGGUUUGCAGAUGGCAGCCGUGUGGUUGCACGCUUUAACACAAGCCACACGAUCAGUGAUGUGCGGGCAUUCGUUGAUGCAACAAGGCCAGGAGAAGCCAGUGACUACACAUUGCAGGCCGGGUUCCCCCCUAAGCCACUUGAUGAUGCGACCAAGACCAUUGAGGAAGCCGGUGUGGCCAACUCGGUGAUCAUUCAGAGAGUCUAGCUCAACAGGUUGUUGGCCCUCUUCACCGAACACACACUAGCCAUCUGAAGUCUGUGAAUUUCCUUGUCCUUUUGUCUCUCAAGUUCUCUCGAAUUUAGCUUGAGCCUACCAUGGCUUGCUUCACUCAGCUGCGUUUUAGGUAUUAAGAUUGUAAAUCAGCGAGAUCUGGGUACAUCCAUCUUGUUCAUCUAUAGGGUAAGUAUACUUGUGCGUCCACUCCAGUCCACAUCACGUUUCGUCUGUCUGUUAUAGUCCUUUUGUUCGUAUCUAA